AUGUCUAUGCUGACGGUGUGCCGGAAGCCGCGAAUGACGCUGCACUGUACAAUGGUGCCGCGCCUGCUGCAGGCAAAGAGCAGCCGCGCGGAUGGCAUUGCGCGGCUUCCAAGUCUCGACGUCAUUAAUUUGGCGCGGUGCAGAAUGAUCCACGCAUUGUUGUGGUGCAGUGCGUCCUUGGCCAGCCAAGAGUCACGCGGUGCUGGCAAGUUUGCCUGGUAG